AUGAAGGUCGCCGCUGUCGCUCCUUCGCCGCUGCCCGCGGGCGCCGGCGGCCCGCUGAAGGCGGUGCGGCCCGGGGAGGCCGCUCGCUGCGGGCCGGGCCCAGGGGUGUCUCCGGUGGCGGCGGAGCAGGCGGCCGCGGCGCUGCUGUACGAUAUGAAAGGCUGCUACUCGCGGCUGCGGGCGCUGGUGCCGACGCUGCCGCGGCACCGGAAGGUCUCCAAGGUGGAGCUGCUGCAGCACGUUAUCGACUACAUCUGGGACUUGCAGCUGGAGCUGCAGUGCGGCCCCCCUCGCCCCGCCGCUGCUGCGGACUCCCCUGAGGCUCCGUGCAUUCCCGCUGCCGAUCGGAUCCUCUGCCGCUGAGACCGCUCUGGACCCUGCACGGACAUCAUUCCCGGGAUCCCGGUCCCACUCACCACGGACAUCGUCCCUGGGACCCCGUCCCUGAGCACCGCGGCUCACCUGCAUCCCUGGCUCCCCGGCGGCGCUGCCCUGGGGGUCCCCCCGCAGCCUGGGCAGGGGGUGCUGUGAGCCGGAUCCUUCCUUCUCAGAUUGCUGAGAGCAUUCCCCGUAUUGUAUAUUACAAUGAUGCUGGAGAAUAUUGUUCUACAAUAGCUGGAGUUUUGUUAUUAAACAAGCCCUGAUGACCA